AUGCGAGACUCGGAGACCAGAGCCACACGCUGGACAUGGCGUUCGGCGAAAUGGUUCAUUCUAGCCACCGUCGCCCUAGCCCUAUUCAUCGAAAUCUUCCUCUAUGGCUUCCUCGUCCCUAUGCUACCCUACAUGCUGGAGGAGCGCAUGCAUCAAGACCCCAAGCAAACCCAACGCCUGACGUCCAUCUCGCUGGCUUUGCACGGUCUAGUCUCCGCCUUCGGCGGCCCGCUCAUCGGCCAUCUAGCCGAUAAAGCACCCAACCGCAAAAUCCCCUUCCUCGUAGCGCUAGUGGGUUGUAUCGUGGGCACGUUCAUGGUAGCCUGUACCACGGACGUGGGUGUCUUUUUCGGCGGGCGCGUGUUACAGGGGAUUUCGGGGUCCGGAGCGUGGAUUGUUGGCCUUGCAACGGCGGCGGAUACGGUUGGACCGGAGAGGAUUGGGACUACCAUGGGGAUCAUCAUGGCCUUUGUGAAUGCGGCUAUGGUUACGGGGCCGAUGGUUUCCGGUUUGAUUUUGGAGAUGGCUGGGUAUUGGUUUACGUGGAGUGUGCCAGUGGUGAUUUUGGUGGUUGACAUUGUAGCGAGAUUGUUGAUGGUUGAGAAGAAAGAGGAUCUGAAGACUUUGGCAGAUGCUCAAGAGACUGAUCCACUACUGGAAACUUCGGGCGAAGAGGACCAUCAUCAGGAUGGCAAGUCUCCGACGGCGAACUUCUGGCGGACGAUGCUAAGCAAUAGCCGUGUGAUGACGGCUUUGCUGAUCGGAGUUUGGGGCCCGACGCUGAAUACAAGCUUCAACGCUACGCUGCCGCUGCAUGUGCUGCAUGUCUUUGGCUGGGGUCCCUCGCGUGUCGGGUUGAUGUUCUUCUUCCUGGCUCUACCAGGUCUACCCAUCAGUCCUCUUGCCGGAUAUCUUCGUGAUCGCAUUGGGACGCGUACUCCUGCUACCAUCGCUCUUGCUUUGCAGGGAGUAUUCCUCGUCUUGCUGGGGUUCGCUGGCAACCAACAGUUCGAGUGGUCGAGCGCAGCCGGUCGAGGCAAGGCUUUGUAUAUCUUUUGUUGCGUCAUAUUCGGAACCUUGCGGCCAUUCGUCUCGGGAAUCGGGCCCGUGGAAUUGACCUGCGUCGUCAAAGCUGAGGAGGCAAAGAAUCCAGGAAUCUUUGGGCCUCGCGGAGGUCUCUCUCGCGUCUUUUCUCUGGUCGAGGUCGCCGCCACCAGCGGCAUGACUCUGGGUCCCAUUCUCGCCGGAGCUCUAACGGAGCGUUUCGGAUACUAUACGAUGUGCUGGACAUUGAGCGUUAUCUCCAUCUUUAUGGCCAUUAUGGCCCGUAUGUUCCUCAGCUCAAAGGACAAAACUCGAGAGGAGUCUGCCGAAUAA